AUGUCCAACGAAAAUUUGAGCACAUUAAUCGAUGGUUUCAACAAACUGAAUUUUUCAGAUUGUCAAAAAUUGGCAGAUACGGACGAUCCAGAUGGAAUGCACUACUUGCUUAGAUAUUAUUACGAUAAAAUGAGUAUUAAAGAAAAGAAGGUCAAUAGAGUAUUAAUAGAAAAUAAUACUCAAUAG